AUGUCGAGGAGCAUCGUCUGGCGUGAGGGGGAGAGCCGAGGUGGCCGGAAGCGCUCGGCCGUGGGCGGCUAUAGUGCCAGAGCGCACUGUAGCGCGCUCAAGAGCGUGCAAACGGCUGGCAUGGCCAUUUUUUUAGGCCAGACGGCAAAGAGGUUUGACCUAACAAAAAAGGUCAGCUCCCGUGCCCGCGCCCCGCCCCUUUUUCUCUCCCCUCUGUCUCUCUCCCCUCACUGCGCCGUCCCCGUGAUCGAGCCGCCCCCGCCGCUGACCCCCACCGCCCCGCCGCCGCCGACCCCCACCGCCCCGCCACCCCCGACCCCCACCGCCUCGACCCCCAAGGUCGCCCGCCGCCCCGCCGCUCAGGCCGUUCGCCGCCCCGGCGCCACCCCACCCGGCGCCGCUCCGCCCUCCGCCGCCCAGCGCCUCUCCAUCCAGCUGCCGCCUACCGCCCGCCGCCACCCGUCGCUGCUCCGCCCCCUGGUGUUGACGGAUGGCGGGCACGGGUCGAGAGCGCUCCGAGCCUGCUUCCUCGGCGCGUGCUGGGAGGGGUGCUAUUAUUCCACCCCGACACCUUCGGAGAGCGCUGGUAGACAGCAUGACGACAUCGGCGGGCGCUUCUUCUUCGGCCGGGAGAGGUCGGGGGAAGCCUAG